AACCCAAGAAAGUCAGUGCAUCAUCGAGGACUUUCUCUUAUUUCCAUUGUGGUCCUCAAUCUUGUCCCCCAGGAUGCGACCCACACCAGUCGACUAACACCCAGGUACCUAUUUGCUGCUAGGUGAACAGGACAACAGGAGUAAGGAAACGCGUCGAAAUGUGUAUGUUUCUACUCCGUCGGGGAUCGAACCCGGACCCUCCGUGUGUAAAGCGAGAGCUUCGCCAGCCAGGCCACGGGGUCACCAAGGUGUGGGUUGUUCGAACCAUUGGAGUCUCCCUGGUAAACUGGACGAGGCGGCGGGUCGACUCGAUGAAACACCUGAAGCUCAAAACGCAGGAGGAGCGUGAACUAAGGCGUCUUCAGCAGCUCACCGGGUCAACACUCCCUCAGCAGCUGCAGACAGAGACGGAGCAGUCUCCGCUUAUCCCAAAGCAGCAGGACUUAGAACUAGGGCAAGUGGGACAGCAGAAGGAAGGAGAACUACAGAAGAAGCAGAGAGAGGAACUCAAACGUCAAAAUGAACAGGGGAAACAGAACAAGAAGAAGAUACGAUUGCCUUCACCUCACAGGGUUCCCCACGGGCUCCCCAACCUUGGUAACACCUGCUAUAUGAACAGCGUCCUGCAGUGCCUCUACCACUCCCAGCCUCUUACACAACACAUUCUCAGCAAAAGUCCGAAUAUGUUGAAAGGGAAGGUGUUGUCGUCCUACGAUACAUUGGUACGAGCUUUAAGUAGCGGUAAAGACCUUCACAAAGCAGUCAAGAAACUAAAGACAACUGUGGGCAGCCUGGAUGACCUCUUCCAGGACUACGAACAAAAAGAGGCCCACGAUUUCAUGAGCAUGAUGAUACAAUGGCUGCAUGACGACAUGGUGCAGAUACAAGGUGCCGGAGGGGAGGGCGAGACAGGCGUCUCCCUUGUAUCUAAACUGUUCCACGGGACACACACCUCCACCAUCACCUGCCCCAAGAAAGAAGAAAUAAUCUGCCAAGUCAGCGAACCCUUCUCAAACCUAACGCUCGCCGUCAACAAGUCAGGUUGCUGUGACUUACAGGACCUCCUGCAGAAGUACUACCGUGAGCAACAGAUUGACUGGGAGUGUAACCAGUGUCUGAAGGAACACAAGUGUCAUCACAGCACCUCCCUCCAACACCUUCCGUCCAUCCUCGUCAUCCAUCUCAGCAGGUUCAACAAGGAUAAGCCUUAUGGCAAGAAAACUGAAGUUACUUUCCCAGCAAACAGACUCAGCCUCUCUCAGUUCACUCAUUCUGCUGAGGAUAAGCAGUAUGAACUAUAUGGAGUGUGUACUCACGCUGGGUCGAUGACCGGCGGCCACUACACAGCCUACUGCAAGAACUGGGACUUCUUCAGAUGGUACCGUUUCAACGACUCCGAGGUCCAAGAAGUCGAGGAGAAGCAGGUGAUGUCGCAGCACUAUGCACACAUUCUCUUCUACAGGACACCAUCCCACAGUAUCCUGACGAGGCAGUCUCCUAUAGUAUCCUGAAAGGGCACCUCCAGCCACUCCCAACAACGACACUGAACAAAAACGUUCUGUUACACCGCCCUCAGCAUGUUGACUGAUGACUUAACUGGUCGUUAUAAAGUGUAGACUAAAGUGUCCUGGUCUGUGUAAACUGUACAGUAUAAUUAUUAGUUAUUAUAUUAAUGUAAAAAACUAAACCCGUAUGGGUCAUUUAACACCACUGGUUACAGGCACGAUACUCCAUUUAGUUUUAAAGGCUAGACAGUCUAGCUAUGUAAGUAAUUGUGUGUACAUACCUAUAUGUGGUUGCAGGCAUCGAGCCUUAGCUCCUGGCCCCAAUAUAUAUAUAUAUAUAUAUAUAUAUAUAUAUAUAUAUAUAUAUAUAUAUAUAUAUAUAUAUAUAUAUAUAUAUAUAUAUAUAUAUAUAAACAUAAACAUAAACAUGAACAUAAAAAAGGGAGGAACACUGCAGGAGGCCUGUUGGCCCAUACUAGGCAGUUCCUUCACAAUUCAUCCCACUAACAAACAUUUGACCAACCCAAUUUUCAAUGCUACCCAAGAAAUAAGCUCUGAUGUGCAAGUCCCACUCAAAUCCAACCCCUCCCACUCAUGUACUUAUCCAACCUAGAUUUGAAACUACCCAAAGUCCCAGCCUCAAUAACCCAACUAGGAAGACUGUUCCACUCAUCAACUACCCUAUUUCCAAACCAAUACUUUCCUAUGUCCUUUCUAAAUCUAAACUUAUCUAAUGAAUUGUAAAGGACCUGUCAUGAAUUGUAAAGGACCUGCCUAGUAUGGGCCAACAGGCCUGCUGCAGUGUUCCUGCUUUCUUAUGUUAU